GCAAGCUGUGGGGGAUGGGAAAGGAGCGAGGAGCACUGCACUGGGAAAAGUUGCGCUUCGUUGUGUACCUGCGGUACAAACAGUCUGAAGUGAGUCGUAAAUUUCACGAAGUUCGGAGGAAACAAGGAAUUAUGAUUGCCUUCAUUUAAGCAUGAUCUAGCACGAUCAUUUUUUUUUUACUUUUUAACCAUUACAUCGUAAUCAUAGGAGUUUAUCUAUAGGCUUCGAUAGCUUCCGCGUUGGAUGUCCUUCGGAGAAAAAAUGGGAAAUUUGAUACUUGUAGUAGUUCUGCUUGGAAUUCUCCCCAAAGAGUUACAGUCCAUUCAAGUGACUGUUCCUCAGACAGAAAGGAGCACAGCGCUCUUUGCAUCUGUCAUCCUUCGCUGUGACUACUCAACAUCCGCCAAUCCAUCAGAGGUCCUAGUUACAUGGAGGUACAAGUCUUUCUGUAAAGACCCUGUGCUGGAGUACUACUCUACAGCCUAUCAAGCCUCAUUGGCUCUGGGGCAGGACCCAGCCAAUGACUGCCCCGAUCGUCAGCGCACAGUUCGUGUAGUGGUUCAGAAAAGGGGCACCAAUGAACCCACACUGGGCUCAGAGUACCGUGAACGCAAGAUCACCAUCCAGGACAAGGCAGACUUGGUCAUUAAUGAAGUCAUGUGGUGGGACAAUGGGGUUUACUUCUGCUCUAUCGACGCACCUGGAGACACCACGGGGGACUCCGACCGGGAAAUCAAACUCAUCGUGUAUCAUUGGCUCACGGUGCUGUUCAUCAUCAUCGGGGCCCUCCUCCUCAUCAUGUUGCUGUGCAUCUGCUGCUGCCAGUGUUGCCCGCAGAACUGCUGCUGCUACGUCCGCUGCCCCUGCUGCCCCCAGACCUGCUGCUGCCCAGAGAAAGUGGUGAUGCAGCACCGGAUGCUGAAGGAGGCCAAGAGAGCGAUGGCCCCGUGGCUCCAUGGCCAGCCCAUAUACGCCCCAGUGUCCAACGGGUCCUCGCAGGCCAAUUACCCUUUACUCUACCCAGGCUCUGUCUCCGACUACCCCACCAAGCAGGGAAUUCCUAUGGGCCCAAUGGGCUACCCACCUCAACACCAAGGCCCACCUGUCAUGUCUCAUGGUAUCUAUGACAAUGGCAAUGUUCAGGGAAGUAUCCAUGGGAACAAUCAGAUGUUGGACUUUCUGGAGAGCCAGGUGCGGAGCAUGGAUGUUCCACAACCCUUGGUCCAUACCCAGCCGGCCCCUCAGCAAAUGGCGGCUCACCCUGUCCAGUCGUUACCCCCCCAGCACCGAGCCACCCCACCGCAGGCUGUGCCGUUCUCUGCUGGGCCUCCCAGCAUGCUCUCUGCCCUGGACGAGAUCGGUGUCCACGGCAUGGAGCGACGCGUCAUCCAGUUGCCACCCAUCAUCGGCCGCGGGUCCGGUCAGCGCAGUUCUGGUGGCACCCGCGGCGGGCCGCGCCUGUCCAACCCGUCUAGCGACAACUCCAGCCGAGGGGGCUACCGGCGCGACCCCCGAGAGGGCCCCCGUGACCCGCCGUCGCCACGCCGCGGCAUCCUGCGCAGCUACAGCGACGAGUCGGACUGGGACGAUCGCCACGGGAGACGGACAGGCGGCUCUGGAGGCAGGCGAGGAGGAGGAGGAGGAGGGGCCAGGGGAGCCGAGGGUUACCGUCCUCGCUCGCGCAGCCGAGAUGACGUGAUGGACGAGCUGCGUCACGUGACCUCUCGCCGGGACAGGAGCUACACGCCCCCACCCCGCCGCCGGGGCUCCUGGAGUUCCGAGGAGGAGGACAGCCGGAGGGGGGGAGGCGCGCGUCCCUCACGAGGGAGACCCUGGCCUGAGAAGCCACCCAGCUACUCCUCCAUCGAGAUCCAGGCAGGGCAUAGCAGCAGGAAGAACAACAUAGACCGCUUCUCUGAGAGGAGUUCUCGCAGUGGCAACAGUGUGGUGAUCUGAAACCUGCCUAUCUUCAGUUUAAGCAGAAGCAGAAGUCCUCACUUUUCACUCAUUUUUAUGUACUUCUAGGGAAUUGAACCACAGGACUGAUGGGUUGUCAGUAGGCAGUAGUCACUGACAGUCAGGGGUCCGUGGUUACAGACACUGUUGUUAAUUUCUGAGAUCCAGACGUAUCUCAUUCAUUCUUUUUUAUGUAUGUGUGUACAAAUAUGUAUUUUGGUUGUUUUCAAUGUUUUUUACGUAUUUUAGAAGUUUAGUUUUAGCUAUUGGCAUCAGUACUUUUAAAGGUGAGCGCUGUGGAAUGCGCAAAGACACCACAUUUCAUUCUUUCAGAUAUCUUUUACCUCUUUUUUACCAAUGAAGUUACUAGAAACUAACCUCGGGCUUCUAGUGUGUGCGUGUGUGUGUGUGUGUGUAUACUCCAGUUUACAUUAUUUGAUUAGUGUGUGUGUUCAUGUGUUCAAAGUAUUUGAAAGCCUCACCAAGCAAUGUUGCAUCAAACAAUUUAAAUGACCACUAAGGUAACAAUACAUUUAGGACUGAGGGCACAAUAAGAUUUUGUAUGUGUUAUAACUUAAGUAAGUAUAAGUAUAUAUACUCUUUUGAUCCCGUGAUGGAAAUUUGGUCUCUGCAUUUAUCCCAAUCCGUGAAUUAGUGAAACACACUCAGCACACAGUGAACACACAGUGAGGUGAAGCACACUCUAAUCCUGGCGCAGUGAGCUGCCUGCAACAACAGUGGCGCUCGGGGAGCAGUGAGGGGUUAGGUGCCUUGCUCAAGGGCACUUCAGCCGUGCCUAUGGUCGGGGCUCUUCUGCUUCUUCUGCCGUCAGGCUCAGCCCCUGCCCCCUGCAGUUUAACAUUGUAUACUGACUUCAGUCCUCCCGAAUGGUUGUUGCUUAAAACAUCUAUCUGAACAAACAGCAAUUAAUAUGGUUUUGUACAAUUACUGGUGUUCUCUUUUUAACUAUUAGAGUUUAGGCGAUAACUGUUCUGUCUAUAUAAUGAAGGAUACUAAUGAUGUAAAUGGGGUAAGAAGUCUAACACAAGUUUAUCUCCAUUUGGAUAGAAAUGUCAGAUGUGUCUGCCCAUGUUUUUUGGACAUUUAGGCUGGAGAUGGCAUUGUAUGCACUAUGUUUGGAUUGUGAAGUAUGUUUUGUAUAUAUUAUGAUUUUUAAAAUAUUAUGUAUAAAGUUUUCAAGGGGAACCAUAGAAUAGUGUAAACUGAUUGGUCUAAUUGCAAGUUCAAAUAAAUUAUCAAAGAAAA